UUUACAACUAUGACCUGGCCAAGAUAAAGCAAAGCAGUGCGACACAAACAACAACACAGAGUUACAUAUGGAAUAAACAAACGUACAGUCAAUAACACAAUAGAAAUAUCUAUUUCCAGUGCAUGCAAAUGUAGUAAGAUUAGGGAGGUACGGCAAUAAAUAGACCAUAGUGACGAAAUAAUUACAAUUGAGCAAUGUGAGUGUUCAUAAACAUGAAGUGGACUUGGACGUACAUUAAGAAGGAUUACCAACCAUAUCGUCACUCAAAUGCUUAUGCUUAGCUUCUGAAAGUGGGCAUCUCAACUGAGAUAAAAACACAGUACACAAUCAGAGACAGACAGGAAGAGUUCCAAUGCGAGGGAGAACAAGGGUUGGGUUGGGAUCACUAUCUGACUUUUUUCCCCCCCAUUUGCUACUAGAUGCCAAAACGCCUCUAGAUGCCAAUCUACCGAAUUGUGAUAUCCUGGAGCUGAGAUGGAGCUGGAACAGACAGAGUGAUGUCACUGAACUCCUAAAACUAAAAUACCAAUACACCAGAGGCUUCACACAGACAGAGAGAUACAGAAAUAGAUAAAUAGAAAGAGAGAGAGAAAUGGUGAGUGUCUGAAAGAGAGAGAGAGAGAUGGGGGGGCUCCCAGUCGAGCAGGGUAGGCAGCACACAGGCAGGCAGAAGUUUUACAACAGAGAGAAACGGAGGAACCAUUGGAAGGUAUAAUUAUACAAAACUACAGGCAACAGGAUAGCAGUGUCUGGCUGCAGCAGCACCACAGAGGUUAGCUCAGUUCUCCAGUGUUUAAUGGCAGUUAGUGGACAACAGAUAGAAGCAGGAGAAUCACAGUGAGCUUCUGACUCAUGGAAGCCAUGGAGGAGUUCAAACGAGGGAGAUCUGAUACCCUGGACAUACAGUCAGAGGGUGAGGAGAUGACCCCGGUUACCCUGGUAACCACAAUGACCCCUGACACCGAGGUGAACUCUGAGCCUUCCCAGGCAGAGCUGGCUCAGUGUGAGGCGGAGGUCGGAACUCUACUCAGCAUCAUUGCUGAACUGAACAGGAAAAUGGGCGCAUUACAAGCACCAAGUGAUCCAGAUGACCUUAAACCACAGGAGCCAGUCAUCCUCCCUCCGGCUCCAGCCUCCCUGUCCAGCCCCCCACCAUCCCUCUGCAACCCAGAGAAACACACUGGCACUGCAUCUAAAGCCCCAGUAACCAACAGAGAGGGUAGUGGUGAAGUAUGGUCAGAACUCCAGGGAGUCAUGUCUGUUCUGGAGGGUUCCAUUAACACCAGGAGGGCCUGGGCUGCCUCUCACACUGCCUGUGGCCAGGACGGACAGAUGGAACACCUCACAGCCGCCAGGGACAGCUGGGUACAAGUCACACAGGUCUUAGAGGAGAUGGAGAGAGAGUUUGGGAUCUCGUACCCGUCUGGUCUGCCCCCCGAGGAGCGUCAGCAAUACCAGAAGGACAUCCUGGCACUUCACCAGCGGAACUGUGACCUGCGCAGCAGCCUACAAAGCAGACAGGAAGAACUAGAGGGGGCUAAGGUCACGGUGGGAGACAUAGAGGUUGAGAGGAACAGUCUACAUGAGAGGUUACUGGGCCUCCAUAAGGCGUGGCGAUCAGGCAGCCUCUCUCCUCCCUACAGCUCCUCAGGGAGCUCCAGUGGUGUGGUUCUGAGUCCUGGCUGGGCCUCCCCUGGUUCCCCUGGUUCCCCUUCAUUCCUUGGCUCUCCUCCCUUCCCCGGGUCACCCCUGUUCCUCAGAAGACCCAUCGCCAUGGGGAUCUUCCCGGCACUCUCUACUGGGGGGGACAUAUCCUCCUCGGCCUCUCCAUCACCCUCCCCCUGGCCUGGGAGUGUCCCACAAGGCAGUCCCUGUCGUAGCCCCAGCCCCAGCGUCAGCCUGGAGGGUGAGACAGACAGACUACAGAGGUGUAUAGAAAGGCUGAAGGCCCGGAACGAGCGUCUGACUGCAGCUCUGGACAAAAGAAAGGGAGAGUCUGAGCUAAUCAGUAUGACGCUCAGCAGACACGAAGCUGACAGCACAGCCCUGCAGAUGGCUCUCCAAUACUGCGAGGAGUGUGAGGAGGCCUACAGUGAGUUACUGUCUGUGUACGAGGGCAGGAGACAGCAGGUCAUACCACACUGGAGACACAUAGCAGGCCCGGUCAUGGAGAGUCAGCAGCCCAACAGUCCCAGGCCGUCCCUUAGGAGUCUAAGAACUGAGGAGUUGUCAACCUCCUUCUCAACACCAGGGGGUGCUGUUGAGACAGAAACACACAUCCAGACCAGGUUCCAUCUCUAUUAUACAGCCAGGGGGUCCGAGGUCGAGGGGUGCGAGGCGGACAUUCGGGAGCGUAUCGAGCGGUUGAAGCAGGACAGGGCAGCAGUGUGUGUCCCUAAGCCAGGGCCUGGGGGAGAGGGGAAUCUCAGCCCAGAUACAGGCACCCUGGCUGGGCUUAGAGGGAGCCGUGGAGGACAAGGAGGCCAGGACACCUCCAACCCCCAGAGCACCAAGAGAGAGAAGGCUGUUCUGCUCUAUGACCUGGUCACUGUCAGGGAGGAGAUGUCAGAGCUGCGAGGUUUAAUCCGUCUGACGGAGAAGGAGCGGAGGUGUCUGGACUGGAGUCUAAUGGCCCAGAAGGCCCAGGAUGCAGCUGGAGCCCUGAUCUCUGAGAGCCUCGCUGAGGAGAUAGAGGACAGGAGGACAGAACAGCAGAGGACUUCUGAGAACGAGGAUAAGCUAAGCAACGAUGGAGACAUCCCUGGGCCUCAAAACCGUGCCAUCCUUCGAGAGCUACAGGCUGUCCUGCAACGGGAGCAGGUGCUGAAGAGGAGAGUGUCGGCGGUGAGGGAGUCUCUGGACUUGGUUCUCUCCGACAGCGCCUCUCGCAGGAGAGGCAACGAUGAGCAGAUGGCUCGGCUCGCACAAGCUCACAGCAAGGCCACAGGGUCGUACCGGAACGCUCGCAGGAAGUACAGGGAGAAGCUGUGGAGGCUGGAGAGUCAGGUGUCAGCAAUGUCAGAUCGUCACAUGACCCAGAUCGGGGCCCUGAAGGCCACGCUGGAGGCCAUGGAGUGCAGGAGGGAGGAGACUGUACUCUGACUGAGCUGAGGUCAGCUUCUGGGGACAUUGGUCCUAACUUCUGGUACAGGGUCAGAUAUUAUAAUCCAAAAUGGUUCGGAUGAAUUUGGGAUUUGAGAGUUAGGAUUAGCCUCGUACUAUACCAUCCUGAUCUCGGGAGUUUACAUAAAAUAUGUUUUACUACUACUUUACUACAUCUACUUUACUACAUCGACUUUACUAUAGCUACUUUACUACAUCUACUUUACUAUACCUACUUUACUACAUCUACUUUACUAUACCUACUUUACUAUAGCUACUUUAGUACAUCUACUUUACUACCACUACUUUACUAUAGCUACUUUACUACAUCUAAAUUCACUAUACCUACUUUACUAUACCUACUUUACUAUAGCUACUUUACUAUAGCUACUUUACUAUAGCUACUUUACUACAUCUACUUUACUACCACUACUUUACUAUAGCUACUUUACUACAUCUACUAUACCUACUUUACCAUCCCUACUUUACUACAUCUACUUUACUACCACUACUUUACUAUAGCUACUUUACUAUACCUACUUUACUACAUCUACUUUACUUCAUCUACUUUACUACACCUACUUUACUACCUCUACUUUACUAUACCUACUUUACUACAUCUACUUUACUUCAUCUACUUUACUACACCUACUUUACUACCACUACUUUACUAUAGCUACUUUACUAUACCUACUUUAGUACAUCUACUUUACUUCAUCUACUUUACUACACCUACUUUACUACACCUACUUUACUAUAUCUACUUUACUACAGCUACUUUACUACCGCUACCUUAUUACUACAGCUACUUUACUACAGCUACUUUACUGAGCUACUUUACAUUACUAAUCUACUUUACUACAGCUACUUUACCAUCCCUACUUUACUACAUCUACUUUACUAUCCCUACUUUACUACAUCUACUUUACUAUCCCUACUUUACUUCAUCUACUUUACUACACCUACUUUACUACACCUACUUUACUAAGCUACUUUACUACAGCUACUUUACUACACCUACUUUACUAAGCUACUUUACAUUACUAAUCUACUUUACUAAUCUACUUUACUAAUCUACUUUACUACACCUACUUUACUAUCCCUACUUUACUACAGCUACUUUACUAAGCUACUUUACAUUACUCAUCUACUUUACUAAUCUACUUUACUAAUCUACUUUACUAAACUUGCAGAAUCAGGAUGGUAGUACGAAGCCAAGUAAGGAUUGGACUGAUGAUCAAAUAAUCUGAUCCUUGAUCUGUGGUUAGAGGCAACUACUCUUGCCAGCCCUGCCUCCAUUCUGGCCAUAUAGAGACGAUGAUGUGUUAUCUUCAUUAAAGAAAAUGGCAGCAUUAUCCACAUGCUCAGAUCCAGAGAGCUGUAAGCAUCUGAGCCUGGUUAGGAUUUGACCCUGAGGUCAAGGGUUAUUUUCCCACACAGCCUGACUCUAUGAAGCCUGGCCCUGCUCCUCUGAUCUGACAGUGGAGAGGUGAUGAGGUCUGAUGUGUCCACGCUCACCGCUUGUCUUGUUUCUGGUGCUUUUUCACAACCUUUAUCUCUCUCUUCCCUCUUCCUCUCAUGCUCUCUCCCUCUCCUUUUCCCUCUCUUCAUCUUUCUCCUUCUUCAUGCCCCACCCGCCCUCCAUCUCAUUCACUAUCUCCUUCUCUCCUCUCCCGUCCUCUCUUCAUUCAACUCCCUCUCUCCCCCUCUGCCCUGUCUGAGGCGUCUGGACAGCUGCAGCUGUGACCAGCGGUCAGGAGGUUAAGGCAAAGGUUGAGUGUCACACCCACCAGGUCACAGCGGUGCCUGGCUGUUGUGUCAACCUCUGAAUGGAGGGUUCAGGGGGACAGACUAGGAGGUGAGCCCCUGCUACCCUGACUCUUGCCUGAGCUUGCCUU